GCCCUCCCAGCCGUCGACCUGGAGUCGCUGGCGCUGCCGACGGCGCCGGGCAUGGAGGAUGCCAACCUUGUGGUCAAGGUCGACAUCGAGCCGCGCACCUACGAGGCCGCCGUUGGCGGCGCCGCCGGGGUCAGGCGCUUCAUGGCGCGACCUGGGGGUGCGAUCCUCGUGGCGAUGGCCCAGGACUGACGGCUGGGAGGUGUCGCCGCUGGACGCGUCGAGAGGCCUCUACGAGGUGUCCCUGCCCUCCGUCCAGUACGAGGUCGGUGGCAGCACCGUGUCGAUCCCGUCGCCCGUCUUCGCCGCGAGCGUGUACGAUUCCUUCAAGAGGACCAAGAACGGCGACUACGAGGAGCGGCUGCAGGGGGACCUCGUUCUGGAAAACGGCGACGACAUCCUCAAAGUGGAGCUUGGCUUCCCGUUCAGGACCUCGGACCACGUUGAACAUAUCAGUGUCUGCCUGGACGCGGUGCCGCAUCGGCUGGAAGGACCCUUUCCCGACGGGGUCGUGAGCGUGUCCAACGUCGUGGAGGUCGGAGUGCAGGUGCCGCAGGUGCCGGGCCUGAAGCAGCUGCUGCAGUAUCCCCUCAGCACCUACAACGCUCGCCGCGGCUCCUUGCAGGUGGCGACGGCGCUCGCGAGGGCAGCCGACGAGCCCCCGCCGGACGCGGAGCCGGAGCCGGAGGCCCCGGCCAAGCCUGCCCCGGUGGCCGCGGCGCCUCCCGCGGCAGAGGCGGAGGCGGCGGCCCCGAGCGUCGGCGGCGCGGCGGAGGCGGCCCCCGCAGCACAGGAGGCGCCGGCACGGGCCGCUCCCUCCGACGCCGCCGGCGCCGCCGACGUCCCGUCCCCGGACGUGCCAGGCAUGGACGACUCGAACUUGACGGUCAACGUGGAGGUCGAGCCGAGGGUGGCCGAGGUCGGCGAGGGCCUGGCGCCGCAGGUGCAGCGCUUCAUGGCGCAGGACGGGGGCGCGAUCCUGCAGGCGAUGGCCCAGGAGGGCUGGGAGAUUAACACUGUGGACGCGGGCCGGGGCCUCUACGAGAUCCUGCUGCCCUCGGUGAGGUACGAGGUCGCGGGGAGGACCACCGUCUCGAUCCCGUCGCCGCGCUUCCUGGCCACGGUGCGCGGCUCGUCCCGGAGGUCCGGCGGGUACACGGAGAGGCUCUCUGGAGACCUGGUGCUCCAGAACGGGAGGGAUAUCAUCACCGUGGAGCUCGGCUUCCCUUUCAGGACAGACCACGUUCUCCAUCUCCUGCGCAGGGUGGACGCGGUGCCUCAUCGGCUGGGAGGGAGGAGGCAUCGAUCUGCGUUUCCAAUGUGA